UUGGUGCUUUAGACUGCCAUUCGUCUUCUGUAGCCCGGAGGUUGGCUAAUUACAAAGACACGAUGGGAUAAUCCCGGUUAACAGAAGCUGAUGUCAGAUUGGUUAGGCUUACCACAAAUCUCCUCUGGUUGAGGCUGGCAAUGCGGGGCUGGCUUGCAGUCACUAUUGCAGAAGUGGAGGGAGUGUCUGACUGCUCUGGAAUUUCCUUUAUGAUGGUCUGUCAGUCCACCUGCUAACCUGCCUGUUUUACUCACCAAAUGGAUUUGCACUUGUGAUUUGAUACGCUCAAGCUCUAUUGCGACGUCUCCGCGCGCGCAGGGCCGUGUCAUAACAUUUGUGUCGCGCGCUCGGCAAUAUGGGUACCGUGUUAUCUGUAUCCCCUAUAGUGACUAAAGGGGCCAUUCUGGAAGAUGGAGAAGACGAAGCCAAUGGGAAAAGCCUUAAAAAGCAGUCAGUAGUCGUGUCCAUGCUCACAUUUAAGCGGCUAGUGACUGCAUCGGGUAAGAAAAAAUGCGCCAAGAAAGUAAAUCCGAAUCUUGCUCCGAUGCCAGAGAGCAGUCAGGUCGAAAAUCUAAACCAGGAGAACUUCAGGAAAUCGCAACAAUCGACCGAGCGGAAAACGAAAAAUGGACCUCUUGCGGUGCCCAUCCCCACGGUUCCUCCCCUUCUGGAUCAGAAUCAGGACCAGCUCAAUCCAGCGCCGAAGCAACUGGUGUCGGUUCAGAAGCAGUCCAGCAACCGGUCGCUCCUCUCGCCACGGCGCGUGAUCGUCCAGGCCUCCACCGGCGAGCUGCUCCGUUGCUUGGGUGAAUUCCUGUGCAAACGGUGCAGAAAAGUCAAGGAACUAACCUCAAAUGAGGUCAUCCUUUGGUUCCGCAACGUGGACAGGACUCUGCUGUUGCAGGGCUGGCAGGACCACGGGUUCAUCACGCCAGCCAACCUGGUGUUCGUCUAUCUGCUCGUUAGGGAAACUGUAACCGAUGUUGUUGACAAUGCACGUGAACUCCACGGGACCUUUCUGACCUGCCUCUAUCUGGCGUAUUCCUACAUCGGAAACGAAAUCUCGUAUCCUCUCAAGCCCUUCAUGGUCGACGCCAAUGCGGACGCGUUUUUUGAACGGUCGUUAGAUGUCAUCAAUAAACUAAGCGGGAAAAUGCUGCAGAUUAACAUGGAUCCGCACUUUUUCACAGAGGUUUUCCAAGACUUAAAAAACGAAGGAGAUUAUAAGAAGGAUGGAAGCGAACUGGACCGCUGACUGUGAUCGAAAUCCAAGCAGAGAUCAAUUACUACUAAUUUAUUGGAUUGUAACUGUGAUCAGCUCUGCUUGAGUGACUGUUGCGUUGCGCCACGAGCCAAUUUAUCAAUAUAAUAGCCGGUUUAUGACACGGUUUUGUUGGCUUUGUUUUAACAGUAUUAAAUGGUGAUUUAUAACAUGGCGACGCCGGUUUAGCUAAUGCAUGUCAUAGAUUUGUAUCUGUUGCUUCACAGUCUUACAUAAAAACGGAAAGGACAAAUUAACGUUUAUUCUAUCUAAUUGUCGCUCUCAGCUGUCAUUACUAAGGCUAUCUGAGUAACUCCACUAUCCUCCUGAGACCCAAAGAAAAGGUUUAUUCUUUUGGGCAGGCUAUUUAGCCUAUGUGUUUGGUGUAUAACAUCGGUGUAUAAGCCUACUAUUAAUAUUUUUAUGAAUUGUCAUAUUUUUCUCAAAACACAGUGGACAAGUGGGUCUCAAGAGGAUAAACCUACAUUUGAAGAGAUGCGAAUGGAACUAUCCAAGGUGCUGACGUGACUUACAUGUGCUCAUGUUGCACUGUUGAUAGAUGCCAUUCUGAAUGUGAACCUUGAAAACGUUUUCUCUUCACUGAGAUUUUCUAUGUGCCAAUCCAUGUGUGAUAGGAAACUACAGUUUUUUUAUUAUUAUAUUCACAAUGAUUUUAGGGAAAAAUGGGCAGAUCUUGCUUGGAGAUUAUUUUAUUUUUUGACAUGAUUCUUCAGUGCUCUUGCUUGAAUUCUUGCUAAAUAAAACACAGUCAGACUAGUUUUGUUGAUUGAUAA